CCCAAGGAGCUACCGGUUUGUUAGAAAAUCACUUCACUUACCAUGUCCAGCAACCAUAAGAUCAUGGGCAGCAGCCAUAGAUUGUGAGCCCGGUUUUUUGACUAAUGUCAUUGAUGAAUUGAAGAAUAGCCUGGAUGAAGAUGAGAAAGAUUGUGCAAUAUUAGUGGAUGAAAUGUCUAUAAAAAAAGAAGUACUAUGGGAUAGAAAGAACAAAAAGUUUGCUGGCAACACAGAUUAUGGAUGUAUUUUAGCAGAGGAACAAGACAGUAUAGCAACUAAUGCCUUGGUUUUUAUGGCAGUUGGACUUAAAAAGCCAUGGUUUAAUCCCGUUGCCUAUUUUCUGGUAGAUCGUGUCAAUGGUAAAAUGCAAGCACGUUUAAUCAAAGAAGCAAUCAACUUACUGACUGAAGCAGCACUAGAUGUCCAAGCAGUAGUAUUUGAUGGUUGUGCAAAAAACUUGACGACUGCUAG